AUGAAAGAAGCACUUUCCGUUUUGUGCCUUGUUCUUCUGGUUUCAGUGUUAGAAGCAGAAGAAACGAAACCAAAUUCUGCAAGCUUCAUCGACUGCCUUCGCUAUCGGACUAGUCCGGAGUAUCCAAUCACCGAUGUCAUCUUCACCGCCGAUAACACCACCACCUUCUUGACUUCUUACUUGUCUUACACGAAAAACAAGAGGUACCAAAGCCCUGACUACAGAAAAUUACUAGCCAUCGUGGCGGCGAAACAUGUAUCUCAUGUUCAGGCCACGGUGGUCUGCGCAAAGUCCAACGGUAUACAGCUCCGUACCCGAAGCGGCGGUCAUGACCUUGAAGGCCUUUCUUACAGGUCCUCUGUCCCAUUUGUCAUUCUUGAUAUGCACAAUCUUAGGUCUAUCACUGUUGACGUGUCCAGCAAGAAAGCUUGGGUUCAAGCUGGUGCGACCUUGGGAGAGCUCUACACAAAGAUCAAUGAGGCGAGCCAAACACUAGCGUUCCCGGCUGGAGUUUGCCCUACCGUAGGAGCAGGAGGACACAUAAGCGGUGGAGGGUACGGAAAUCUGAUGAGAAAAUACGGAAUCACGGUGGAUCAUGUCGUUGAUGCUCAAUUAGUGGAUGUUAACGGCAAGCUCUUGAAACGAGCUACCAUGGGAGAAGAUCUCUUCUGGGUGAUCCGCGGCGGUGGAGGUGCGAGUUUCGGAGUUAUACUCUCUUGGAAAAUCAAUCUUGUCGAGGUUCCAAAGAUCUUGACAGUGUUUAGGGUUAACAAAACUUUGGAACAAGGAGGCACUGAUGUUCUCUACAAGUGGCAGCUUGUGUCUACGAAGUUCCCUGAUGAUCUUUUCAUGAGAGCAUGGCCUCAGGUCGUCAACGGAACAAAAGACGGCGAGAGAACCAUCGCGGUUGUAUUCUAUGCUCAGUUCUUGGGUCGAGCCGAUAAGCUGAUGGCGUUAGUGAGUGAGAGCUUGCCUGAAUUAGGGCUCAGACGUGAAGAUUGUCACGAGAUGAGCUGGUUUGACACGACGUUGUUUUGGGCAGAUUUCCCGGCCGGUACACCGCCGGGCGUUCUUCUAGAUAGGCCGACGAAUCCAGGAUUCUUCAAGAGCAAAUCGGACUACGUCAAGAAACCGAUCCCAAAAGAAGGCCUGGAGAAGCUUUGGAAGAAAAUGUUGACGUUCAACAAUAUUGUGUGGAUGCAAAUGAACACUUACGGUGGAGUGAUGGACCGGAUUCCGGCCAAUGCCACGGCGUUCCCUCACCGGAAAGGAAACUUGUUCAAGGUUCAAUACUCUACUGUAUGGUCAGACGCAAACGGCACCGAGACUAGCCUGAGGAUGAUGAAUGAGCUCUACGAGGUCGCGGAACCGUACGUGUCAAGUAACCCGAGAGAGGCGUUCUUUAACUACAGAGACAUCGAUAUUGGAAGCAAUCCGAGUGAUGAGACAAACGUUGAUGAAGCUAUGAUCUAUGGAACCAAGUAUUUCUUGGGGAAUUUGAAGAGAUUGAUGCAAGUUAAAGCUAAGUAUGAUCCUGAAAAUUUCUUUAAGAACGAACAGAGUAUUCCUCCUGUUUCCACAAUGUGA